CACGGAUGAAUAACGCUUUUUAACUUUCGAAGGAACGGCAACAGACAGUGAAUCCCCAUUACAUUCCACGUUUAUUCACGCUAUCUCGCUGCCACAAGGGAUGUUCACUCGACCGCGACAGCGACAGGAUGCAAAUGACUCACUUUUCGUUUUACGACCAUGAUGCAACGUAAUCAGAGCGCGCACACUGCCUGGGUUGGACUGUAAAGAGUUGUCUUGUUUCUUUUGUAUAACAUGAUUGAUAGGUAGGCGUUUAACAAAUAUUUGUUUCUUCAUGAAUAUUUCCUACUCUUGAUUACACACUGAGAAAUGUCACGAUCCAUGUCAAGAGCAAUUAAAUUCUCUUCGCUGUUCUUAUUUGAAAGCUCUUUCACCAAGGUAACAUUAAAUGCACGUAAAACGCUUUAUAUGGGGUAAAAUAGCCUUAUCAGUGGAUUGAUGUAAUUAUAAUAUAAAACGCACGGAUAUUAUGUAACAUUUUUGUUCGAGUCUUGUGAGGGCGACGAGAAUCCGAGCAAUGAGGAAAAUUGUUCAUCAGGUAUAUAUACAGCAUUUGUGUAACGUGCGAGAAAAACAUCACUUUGCCUGAACACUUCGAAAAGUUUUGCGGAUACUGGCAUAAACAAAAGUUUUGUAUUCCCCCAACUGAGGUAAUCACAUAUGAGUUUCAACAUUUUCAGUUGUCAGGAAGUGCAAAUGACCUCUGGAGGAAAGGUAGCGGCAUUGUCUAUUUAGUCGGGUAGACUUUACCCCGUGGGAAAGCCGCAAAUGAAAGCGUUGCGUGGGAAAGCAGCAAUUGAAGCGUUGCGAUAAUUCAACGCAGCAAAAUUUUACUUUCUAUGGGGCAACUUUUUAGGUCAUAUUAAUUUUGGGAAGUACACAUUGUUUUCGACAUGUAAUCAAUACAAUGACAGGUUCAGUGAUAUCAGAGCUUGACUCUAAAUUAGAGUCAUCGAAACUUGAUUUCAAUUUCAUUUUGUAUCUUUUUUUGUUUCUAUUCCACGUUUUGAUUUGUAACCAAACAAUUGUCUUCCAGUUCAUUUGCAUGGACUGCUCACACACGUUUCUAUGCUCUCUUUAGAUUUGCAUGACAUCCUCCGCUGAAAGACGGCUUUUACUGAUUUUGAGGAGGCUAAGUUAAAAAUGUUUUGCUGUGAUUUUUCAUCAAGAAGAAGAAGAAUGCUGGCGAACAGGCUGCUGAUAAUAUCAUCAGUUAUAGUAUUACUUGUCCUGAUAAGCCUCCAUCUGGUAAUUUUACCAUCAGUGAGCGGGGGAUAUAACGAGGAAUGUUACUUGCCACUGGAGAGACGUCAAACGUUAAGGAUGAUGGUGAAGAACAUUUCACGGGUGUUUGACAAGUACGGUGUUCAGUAUUGGCUCGAUUAUGGUGAGUUUCGCAUUCAUUUCCAAGUUUAAAUAUAAUUGUAACGUCACCGCGCGCAAAAAAACCAACGCCAAAUUUUAAAAGGACGCAUCGUUUCAAAGAAUUGUGUUAAGAAUCUACGGACUCGUAUUGAGACACCUAGAAAACGUAUCGUGCCUUUAUUUCCAUCGCUAUCACUUUGUGGCGCAUUUUGCGGGCUACAAUGGAUAUUUUUGUGCUAAAAUGUACUUAGGCCCGCUCGCAUGCUCGCGUGGUUGUUCAGACUAAUUUGUCAUUCUUUUUUAGUUCUUAUUUUUCUCAAUGCCCUCUCAUGUGAUAAUAAUAGUAAUAUGGUUGAUGUUCCUGAGCUAAAUUCAAUUUUUGGGUCUCUCUAAGAGUCAAGUUAAUCCUCGCCUUACGAAUCAGUAGUAUGACUAGUAUAGGGGGUCUGUUGGACUGGCAUGAAAGUGAGGCUCUAAGAAAAAAUUGGUCACGCAAACUACCAAUGUCACGCGCCAGGAGAGGACAGCAUGCGACAGGAAAAAAUGUUUUCCUGCACGCGUUUGUGUGGUAAGUAACUCAUGUCGGCGGGAGAUAUUAUCAGCAUGCUUUUUUUCUAUAAACAAAAUAGUACGAUUAGAUGUCUAUCAUUUUAUGAUGGAUCGUCUUCGAAAUUGGCGCAAACAAUCGUCUCUUUCUCCGCCGAGUUAUCAAUUCAUUUAUUAUUCGUUUGACGAGAAAACACGUUAUACGUCUGAAGUGCCUCACCAUCACUCAAAAUUUUUAAUGGGUUCUUCCAAGACGUUUCGAUUUAGUCAUUGCCCUUACACCGCUGAAUCUGUCUUGUCAGUGAUGUGGUGUCCAAAAUGUAAACAUGCAGCUGUGUCUGUUUACACACGAGUUUCACUUUAUUGAGAGAAGAAAAAAGAUACGUGCGUGUGGGCAUGAUUUUGAAGAGGCCAUGCAUGCCUAUGACAAUUGGAGGAACCCGAGGAAAGAUGUGACAGAUUUGAUCGGUCAAAUGGAAGCGUUGAUAGUGGUUAAAUAUUCGCCUCGAUGGUAUAAUAUUGUGGAAAGAAACAGGAGACACAUUGGACAACUAGUUGUGUAUGUGUCAAGACAUGGUGGGAUCCUCUUGUGUGAAAAAAAUUCGUCGCUUGAAAAGAAAGAUCCGUUUGCAAGCUUCGGAGCAUGCUCAAGACAUUGAAAAAUACAAAGCUAUGAUUGACGAGAUGAAGUUACGUGAGAGACAUCGUGAACUUGUAUUUUAAGCGGCUUUACAUCAUAUUCACGAACCGACAGGGAUGAGAGAUGGAUGGAUCGAUGGCGCUACUUGGGAUACAGAAAUUAUAGAAAGAUUAAUCUUAUAAGCAUUGAUAUAAGUGAAAAGUUGACAUUGAUAAACAGUAAAUAGAGGUCUUCAUGUUCACUCAUUAAAAAUGCAUGUAACGCAUAAAAGGAUUGACUAAAAUCUUCUACGGGAAAUUCAAUCUGAAAAAUAAAAAUUAAUCACUCGUGUAAAUUCUUAUAGUACCACCCGUAGGUAAAAAAUUUUGUCUGAUCCACGAUAUUCCAUUAUCUGUAUUUCUUCAUCAUUUGAAAAGGUUAAACAGUGAAAGUGUUCGCUCAAAGUAUAGACACUAUUUACUAACAUAUAAAACAUUUCAUCAUCAAAUUGAAUCACUAAGUUCAUGUCUUCUGAUGGUAAAUAACGUAAAAUCAAAUGAAAUGAUGUGUAAAUAUCUUUCAUUUCAUCGGGUUCAUACUGGAAAUGUUCGAUCUAGAAAAAUUAAAAAAUGAAGAUCGUUACUGUUUUGCCUACAAGUAAAAAGGUGGUAGUUAGCCAAUAAUACUCGGUGCGUCUAUGUCUACCUUCAUGAAAGCAACGAAACCAUGUAUACGAAUCAUACACACGAAGUACAUUUCUUAGAAAAUCGAUAUUUUCAAAUUGAAAAGCUAGAUUGAAUCCUUCUGUUCUUAAUUCAGUUACAAUCAAACGGAAAAAUGCGUAAAGAUCUCCAAUUUCCUCAGGGCGGUAAAGUGGUUUAUAUUCAUCUAAAAAAGUCAAAGUGCAAAUGGUUACUACAUUAGUUACAUGUAAAAUGAAUUCUAAUAUCGUGUUAUAUCCUAAAGAUAAUCUUACAUCAUCAUGAAAAAAACAGUGAAACAAUUCGUUUAAAGCAUAGACACGAUUCACUUUGAUAUAAAACUGUACCUUAUUAAAUUGAAAGGCUAGAUUCAUGCCUCUCCUUCUUAUCUUUUUACUGAUCUAAAAGAAAAAAUUAUUUAUAUUGAUGAAGAUAAUAUCUAUCGAGUGCAAAUAACCGUACUUCCAUAAAAAAGUUUACAUGAGAAUAACAUCGCAUUCCUCGAUGAUAUUGUGAAUAUAAUCCAAGAAACUCAUUGAUGGUAGGUGAUACUAGAUGAACAAAACCUAAAUCACGAAAGGCGGUUUCAGGAUUUGUAUCACAGGUUUCUAAAAAUUGUUUUGAAACUGAUCACAAAAUUUGACAUGUACUAAUAAUAAAAAUAUUUUGAUGUAAGUGUAACUUUUUAGCGUAGAUGAGACUUUGAAUGGCAUUCUUGACAAAUCGAUGAUUCAGUACAUAACAACACAUCCAGUUUACAGCUCGUAAAUCAUUUUCAGGCGUGUAGGAUCUGAUCUCAUAAAAAAAAAAUUAAGCUGCGUGUAAGAAAAAGUGACGAAUAUGAUAAAUGCUAUUGGUAUACCGAAGUGUUUCUCGACUAGAAAUAACAGAAUGUUGUAAUUUGAAUCUUACGAAAGGAAAAAAUAGAGAAGCAUUAAAAAAGUGUCUUAAAAAUGAAGCAAACGGAAAUUGUCUGCUACGAAAUAAUGAUCGUGUAUUCUCAGGUUAACUGUGUUCAAACCAGGCAUUAAAAUAUCCAUCAAAUUCAAAAUGUUUAUAAAUUUCAACGAGAAUGAGAUCGUCAUGUGAAAUGUUGCGAUAUGUCAUGGCGGUUCGCACAUCAUCGAUUAAUUGUAGCAUGUAAUUAUACAUGAAAUCAUGUUCUAGUAUAAAAUAGGUGGCUUCUAAGAGAUCAGGCAUCUAAAGAUGAAUAGAAAAAGUGGGUCUUAGUCUUAGAUAGUCAUUAUAAUCAUCUAAAAUUCGAAACGAAAAAAAUCAAACAUGGAAAGUGGAAGAAAUAAAUAUGAAAUAGCCUCUAAACUAUAUUUACAAAAGAUGCUAUAAUAACACAAUAGAUGCAUUUCUUCAACAUCAUUUUGUAAUAAUAUAUGUUUCAUGAAAGUUAUUAGCGAAAACCGUUUUGUAGGUAAAUUGAAGUGAGGUUCAAAAGUAUAAAUACGUAGCAUCAUAUAUGGCAUGGAAUCGGGAAAAUUUUGCAUGUACUGAAAGUUAAAAAUAAAAAAAUUACGAUCAGAGUCAGAAGUAAAUAGGCAGAUUUAAUGGAGUCACACGUUCACAACAAUAAUCGACCUGUUCUUCAAUCAACUAAGAAACCAGCCACCCACAACUCCAAAUAGGACACCAAACCAUUUCAUCAAUAUCUUCAUCCUCAAAAAAUAAAAAAUUUUCAUUCUUAGAGUGAGGUGAUAUUCAUUCAUUCCAGCUGACACUUGAGCGAAUGAUACUUAAAGAUCAGAAGAAACACACCUAAUCCACCUACUUGAGUAAUUCGGUCUUCAAUAGCGCCUGGUUCCAACAAGGCUUCCAAAUCUCUAAGGGCUUGUUGACGCUGUUGUUCUCUAUCAGGUACACGGACAGGAUCGGUAGCAGCAAAAGGGGUUCGACAAUUUCCAUAACAAUCGUGCGAGUUCACAUGAUGUUGACGACAGGUACGGUGAAUUCGUCGACUACAACAUAGAGUCGGUUUUGCACCACGUAUCGUCACAUCGAUCAUGACGAGGCAUAAAAAACAGGCGUAGGGCGUAUCAUCCACUUCCACCUCUUGUUGAGCUAAACGUCUUGAUCGUCGUACAGGAGGCAUCUUUAAAAAAAGACAAAUUGUUAUCAAGGUCACAGACAGACACAGAUCAAAUACAUACUUACUCUAUAGCGUGACAGCGUGACAGUAUUGCUCUCUCUUGUCUUCUUGUUCACUUAGUAAUACUAUGAUAAUCAAUGAGGACGAGUUCGCAGUCUUACUUCAUUUUAUAAUAUAGAGUGACGUCAGGAAUUACAUACCCAUACCCCCCUCCCCUUUCCCCAUCCCUAUGAUGUGACAGAUGUCUAUUGGGGUUGACAUGUAAGAUAACAUCUGUCAAUACAUCUACCUAUUCUCGUGUGUGCUGCCACGACUCUCUCCGAUACUAUUCGUUCUUUCUAUUGGUCAGAUUGUACGGCAGAUUUCUUAGCCUUUCUCACCGAAUUGACGGUGAAUGAGUAUGGUGAAGAUCGAGAUGUCAUAUGUAUCUUUCAUGACCUGAAAGGGUACGGUUCAGUGUUUUUACAACAUCAACUGCAAAAAGAAGGAAGACGUAUGGAAGACAUGGUGAAAACCGGUACUAAAGCCCUUUCGUUUUGUGUGGGGCCUAUUUUUUUUAAAGGUUAGCUUUGUUUCUUACCUGUGGCUCUCUUCUUUUUCUACCACCUUUGGUAUUUCUGAAUGGAAAAAAAGGGGUUCUUUCCUCAUCUUUUCAAUAUGUAAGACCAUCAAGAGUAUGUAGGACCUAUCCUAGACAUAGCGUACUAUGAUCCAGAAGGCAUGUCAGCCAAGAAAAGACAAGAAUUUGAAACCUGGUACGCCACCCAACUUCAAGAAGAAGUGAACUUUACUUUGAAAGAAGAAUUGAUUGCUUACUGCAAGUCGGAUGUAGCUUUACUGAAAGCAGGAUGUCAGGUGUGUUUUCUGAAACCCGUUGUUCUCCACCAUUACGUACGUGCUGAAUACGAGGUAUAUCACAAGACGAUGAGGGCAACUGAUGUUCACACCACAAUAACCAUUCUAAGGCUACUCUUGAUCGGUUGACUCUGGCGCCUUUCCAACCACGAGGAGGUUCUACGGCUACGGUCUCAGGUGAGAGAUGACAUUUUCGCCAAUACCGGUUACAAGCUGAGGCAAUCGUAAUACAUUUUUCGUCAGGGUCAAACUGGGAAAUGUCCUUGAAUUCUUGGACAAAUUUCUGACAUCCUGCUUUCAGCAAAGCUACUUUAUCAUGUAGAAUCCAAACCAGCUGCGAUUUCUUUAUCCCAAGUAUCGCCACAGACCCAUCCAUUUCUCAUCCCUAACGGCUCGUGAAUAUGAUUUAAAGCCGCAUAAAAUACAAGUUCUCGAUGUCUCUCGCGUAACUUUAUCUCGUCAAUCUUAGCUUAGUAUUUUUCAAUGUCUUGAGCAUGCUCCGAAGCUUGCAAACGGAUCUUUCUUUCAAGCGACGAAUUUUUUUCAUACAAGAAGGUCCCGCCAUGUCUUGACACAUACACAACUAGUUGUCCAAUGUGUGUCUCCUGUUUCUUUCCACAAUAUUAUACCAUCGAGGCGAAUAUUUGACCAGCAUCAACGCUUCUAUUUGACCGAUCAAAUCUGUCACAUUUUUCCUCUUCCUCUUCCAAUUGUCAUACGCAUGCAUGACCUCUUCAAAAUCAUGCCCACACGAACGUAUCUUUUUCCUAUCUCAAUAAAGCGAAACUCGUGUGUAAACAGAUACAGCUGCAUAUUUACAUUUUGGACAACACAUCAUUGACAAGACAGAUUCAGCGGUGUAACGACAAUGACCGAAUUGAAACGUCUUGGAAGAACCCAUCAGACAUUUUGAGCGAUGGUUAGGCACUUCAGACGUAUAACGUGUUUUCCCGUCAAACGAAUAAUAGAUGAAUUGAUAACUCUUUCCGCCAAAAUCGAAGACGAUCCAUCGUAAAAUGAUAGACAUCUACUCAUACCAUUUUAUUUAUAGAAAAAAGCAUGCUGAUAAUAUCUCCCGCCGCCAUGAGUUACUUACCACACAAACGCGUGUAAGAAAACAUUUUUUCCUGUCGCAUGCUGUCCUCUCCUGGCGUGUGACAUUGGUAGCUUGCGUGACCACUUUUUUCUUAGAGCCUCACUUUCAUGCCAGUCCUACAGACCCCCUAUACUACUCAAAUCGGGCUAAAAUGACUCUGAGACGGGCCCAAAACAUAUCUUAACCAGAGAACAUAAACUCGUUUUUGUUUUAUUGGUGCCGUGUAUUCUUAACCCUUCGACUCCCAAUGUGUCAUUCGUAAUUCCUCUUACCGUUUGCCAUACAACUCUUGUGAUGUUAGUUGGGAGAAUAUGUGAUUGGAUCAACUAAUAAUCCCCAAACUGAUAUAUUUUUUUUAUACUCACUACCAGUCUGCUUGGUUUUGUACUGAUGUUGUAAGGAGAAGUUCUGUCACGGUCACUUAUCAGAGUUAAAGGGUCCAUAUUUGCAAGGUCAUUCCGUCUAUUCGUCGAUCUCUUGUUGUUGUUGUUGUUUUUUUGGUUAUUGACUCAAUCAUUUUUUCAUUAAUUAAUCGAAUCUCUUUCUCUUAUUUACUUCACUUAUAAAACUUCGAUUCUUUUGUAUUCAGGAACCCUGCUUGGCGCCUAUCGCAUAGGAGACAUCUUGCCAUAUGAUCACGAUGCCGACAUUUCUUAUAUUUUGGAAACCGAGAAGCCGGAAGCUUUCCGUGAACUGCGUGAGCUUGGAAUGCAAGCUAAUGGUUUGGUUGCAGUAUUAGGGGAUGUGACUGUGGAUUUUAUGAGAUGGCAACCAGUGAACGUCUCAAGUUACAUUUCUGGAAAAACUGAAACAAUGCUACGCAAAUAUUAUCCUCCUUCAUCAAAGGACAAUCUCAUUCUGAAAUACCAUCAUACGUUGGAAACUUCUCCCAUGUCGUGGGUGGUACCAUUCAAAAAGUUCUAUUUCCAGGAAGUGAACGUCGCACUUCCCAACUCACCGGAUAAAUUACUAGCCUUUAGAUACCCGUAUACGUUCGGAACGCUUGGAUUACCGUUUCCUUAUAAGUGGAAAUGCUGGGUGCCCUGUUAUUUGAGAAAAAGCAAUGGCUGCUAAAGGUAUCCAAUGAAUUAAAACCGAAAAUGUGCACUGUGCUACUACGCUAGUUAAAUUGUCCAUCGCUCUAACGAAGGGCUAACGCUCGAAACGUCAGGUUUUAAACAUUUUACGGUGACUAAUUUACGUCAUCAACUCAGUUAAUAAUAUCAAAUUACCCUGUUAUACUCUCACACCGACGCAACACCACAGUUUCUUAGGAAACAUACACCUUUUAUUCAUACGCUUGAUAAAUACGACAACGCAAUAACGCCUAAAUGCGUAAAUGCAUCCGUUGGCAUACGCAAGAAAAGUGAAGCACUAUCCGGAAUGCAGUUAUCCACAAGGUUAGAGCGCACUGUCCUGAGCGUUGGGAAGGUAAUUACGUUGUUUAUUUUGGCGAAACAUUUGAAUUUCACUACGACUCUCCCCACGUAUUAGUAGCCUUUUUUGUGCAUCAUAGCGCACACAAAACCGCUGCUAACGCAGGCUCAAGGGGCGGCAAUAAUGAAUCCAAUCACAGGGUUGCAGGAAGAAAACCAAAGUACGAAGAUGCAGAGAGGAUCAAGUGGAAUAUGAGAAUCCAUAUGUUAAUUUUUUAGAGGUUUUAAGGAAAUAUUUAUAUACUUUUAUGUGAUUAAAUCAGCAAAAUAUUUAAGAAUGUAAUAUUUAUUAAUGAUGUAAUCGCUUAAAUUUAAAAGUCGUCUGAGCAAAUAAUAAUUAAAGUUUUAUUAACAGCAGGCACAC